AUGAAGAAGCUACGAUCGAGCUUCCUCAAGAGAACGCACAGUGCGCACGCCUAUACCGGAUCUGUCAUGACGCAAUCCAAUGCCACCAAAGCUAUUGUGAGUCCUGCCACCCUCUCGAUCCAAAGUUCGACCGCUAAGACAGCAUCCAGCNGCCAAUUCUGCGAAGCCCCCAGCGACAACAGCGUGUUGCAUCUACCCGUGAUUGUCGAAGCCGCCGAGUCGUCGCCACAAGCUGCCGCUGCCGCAGCCCACCAGAUCCGCAAAUGCCUCUCCAAAGACAACAAGUCGCGAGUCCAAUACAAUGCCAUCAUGUUGAUUCGCAUCCUGGCCGACAAUCCGGGUCCCUCCUUCACCCGUAACUUCGACGCCAAGUUCGUCUCUACCGUCAAGGACCUGGUCAAGAAUGGAAGGGAUGCGAGCGUGCAGCAGAUGAUGAGGGAAACACUCGACUCGUUGGAGGCAGAGAAGAGCUAUGACAAUGGACUGUAUGAUUUGCUGGCCAUGUGGCGCCAACUCAAGGGCCACCAAGCUCGUAUCCUGCCCCAGGGCGCAUACCGUCAGAUUGCCCCUCCGCUGCCACAGCAUCCAAACACACAACGCCAACAACCAGGUGCCCUGCCGACACAGCAAGAACUCGCGUCGCGUGUCGAAGAAGCACGGAACACUGCUAAGAUCCUGCUCCAGCUGCUUCAGAGCACUCCGCCCGAACAAGUCAUGAGCAAUGAGUUGAUCAGGGAGUUCUCGGAUCGUUGUCAGGCCGCCCAGCGUAGCAUGCAGGAAUACAUCAACUGCACAUCUCCUCCGCCCGACGACGAUACCCUCCAGACUCUGAUCGAGACGAACGAGCAGCUAAGUCUAGCAAUUAGUAGACAUCAGCGCGCUGUUCUCCAAGCCCGACGAGCUCUCGGCCAAUCCGUCUCUCCUGCAAUCGGCCCCGACAACCCCUUUGCUUCUCCACCUCCUCAACCUCAGCCUACCCUACAGCAACCCAACUUACAGCCGACUUCUCACCUAAUAGACCCCCGAAGCACAUACUCGCCCGUCUCUCCCAUUAAAGACUCCUUUUCAGCCCCACCAGGGCCACCACCAGGUCACCCUUCGGCGCCGACGCUAGCCCCAAGCAAUCCUUUUGCUGAUCCUGCCGAGUCUAGCCAUAAUCACGACCUGGAUUACACAAAUCAUCCCCACGAGCCACGCAACUAUGGCCCUGGUGUUGACACCAACCCACGACCGGCAUAUGGUGGAGUCACUGAGAGUUAUAUGGGCCGCCAGUAUAGUGCUGCUAAUGGUCUCACCAUGCACGGCGGUGUUGAUACCUCCCCCACCGAAGACGUUAGCCCGGUUGAGCAGAUGCACACUCAGAGGGAUGUCCGUUACAGGUACUGA